ACACCUCGAAGAGACGCCAUGGCUUCCAUGAGCUUGUCGGCAGGGGGAAGGCGAAGAGCGUCGGGGAUGGCGACGAUGAUGGCGGCUGUGAUGGGGCUGCUAGUUGCCAUGCUGGUUGUUAACGGCGUCUUGCAAUCCUCCAAGGGUGAGGAUGAGUACAUGCUCGUGCAGAUGGGUAUGGGAGCGGAGGAGGAGAACGACAAGAUGUUGAUCAAUGCGCUCGGCGCCGAGGACGGAGACACAACCAAGGAGGUGGAGGAGAUGACAGAAGAAGAGGUCCUAGCCGCCGAGGAGGCAACUCAAGAAGGGGUAGAUGAAGAGAUCAACAAUGCCCUCGCGGACGCUGAGAGUGCGGCUAAAGCGACGUACGAAAGCGACAUCGAGAAGUACAAAUCCCAAGAAGCUGGCAUGGGUCAUUCCGGCUGGGUACAGAGCUGGGCGCGAGCACGGAGGUCCGUAGGACUUGCUCAACCUGUGAGGAGAGCAGAGAUGCAGCAGUUGGCCAUGGCGCAACGGAGGACGCGAAGAGCGAGAUCGUCCUCGGUUCCCAUUCCCCUGUGAGCAGGUGCAGGUAGACGAGGAUGCUGCCGACGUCGGUCAAGGACGUUGUCGUUUUAAUUCAUGAUGAAAGAGUUAGUAAAAUAGCGGUAGAG